AUGAGCGGCUACCUCUGGAAAUACUACCUCGAAGAUGAUGUCGACAACUUUCGACAUGUCCUCGCAACUCCCACGCAUACGAACCGGUCGGCAACACAGAAAGGCUUCGCUAGCUGGCAGGGCGGAGGAUUUGCCACAACAGUGAAUGGUAGUCCGGGAAGCUACAAUGCAUCACCGAUAACGAGUGCCAAGGGCCGUAAGAUGGGCAUGGGUGCGGUUGCAAAUCUCAGUCGAUUCGACAUCAACAGUCGCGAUGCGGCUGGCAUGACUAUCCUACACCAUGCUGCGUCAUCGACCGCGGAGAGCGCUGUAGAGUUCGCGCAAGCACUGCUAGAACAUCCUUGGACCGACGUGUACAUUCAAGAUGCCGAGAAUGGUUGGACUGCGCUUCAUAGGGCCUUCUACUUUGGCAAUAUCGCCAUUGCACGCCUCAUCCUGAAUCGCGAUGCGCAAGACAUCCUUGGUCAAGGGUCUAGCGGGUUCAAUCAGCAUGCGCGGGGCCUGGUCAAGAUCAAAGACAAGGAAGGAUACGGUCCUCUAGAUCUGUUCUCUAUGACUAUCAAGGAUCGGACUUUGCGACCGGAAGAAGCGCCCGCCUUCGAUACUGACUCAGAUGACGAGAUGGCUCAUGGAGACAGUGGCGAUGUGGAUGAUGAGACGCGCAGGAAGUUGAUUGCCCCACCUGUACUUCUCGAAGGAGACGAAGUGUACACUUUUGGCAGCAACAAAAACGUCACCCUUGGUUUUGGUGAUGAAGAUGACCGCCAGUAUCCAGAGCGCAUCACUUUGCGCAGACCUGAUCACCUCCUUCAGCGUUUCUAUAGGGAGCAUCGUGAACGACAGAAUCAGUAUUGGGCUGCGACAGGCGCCCCGAUACAGGAUUCUGGACUUCUUCAAGCGCGCAGUACUGUAGAUCUUCCAACUCACAUCCGGAAUACUCCGAUAGUCAUCCAGGACGUACGAAUGUCGAAACUGCAUACUGCUGUCUUAACAACUGACCCGGUAUCCAACCUGUACAUGUGUGGCCAUGGCCCAGGCGGUCGCUUAGGCACGGGCAACGAAACGACGAGAUACCAGUUCACUUGUAUCGAAAGCGGCGGCCUGGGUCAGAAGAAGGUUGCUGCUGUCGCCUUGGGGCAAAACCACACUUUGGCUAUUACCGAAGAGGGAGAGGUCUACUCAUGGGGUAACAAUGCAUACGGACAGUUGGGGUAUGCGCUGCCGAAGCCGGCCGUAAAAGACGACGACCCGAUCUCGACAAUUCCUCGACAGAUCUUUGGACCGUUGAAACGAGAUGUUGUUACAGGUAUUGCCGCAUCACGGAUACAUUCGGUCGUUCACACUGCGACGUCCUUGUAUACCUUCGGCAAGAAUGAGGGCCAGCUUGGUAUCGUGGACUCAGACGCUCGGUCGCUGGAGAUGCAAAUUAUUCCCAGGAAGAUUGCUGCAGCCUUAUUUUCCAGUCCUAUCCACUCGGUCUCGGCCAUCGACGGUGCUACAAUAUGUCUUCUGGAGAACCGUGAAGUUUGGGUAUUUGCGAACUAUGGCUAUGCGAAGCUCAGCUUUCCCUUGGACGGUUUCACCAGUAACUUCCUCAAGGAGAGCUGGUUGACUACCAAGUACGAUACCGCGCCAAACAGGAUCAGCAAGAUUACAUCUGGUGGUGACACAAUCUGCGCGCUAUCUACAUCUGGUGAAGUCUUCACAGUCGCUGUCAGCCGGCGUUCAGAGGGUGCCCAAGAUGCCGGCACAUCGACCACGAACCCGAAGCAAAUCAGAGGAGCUUUGUCUGCACCGUUCCGCAUCUGGUCGUCUAAGAAGAGCCACAUGGCAGCAAGAGAUGUUGAUGUCGACCAAGAUGGUUCUAUCAUCUUAACAACCGAGGUUGGUAGCGUCUGGAGACGUACAAAACGAGCAACUAUCAAGAAUGCAAGCGUCACUGCUGCCGUCGAAUCCAAGCCGAAAGACUACAAAUUCCAGCGUGUUUCAGGCUUGACCCGGGUGAUUGCUGUUCGCGCCUCCGCAUUUGGUGCAUACGCUGCGAUUCGCAAGGACUGCGACGUUACCAGAAACCAGAUAGGUGUGGACGAGGCCGGGCUCUGGGACGACCUAGCGCCGUUGCUCUCUUUCCAUGAGAUGACAAACUAUGAAGAAACAUCGGACGACGAAGAGCCUACACCAAGAUUUUGGACCCGAGCUUCAGAAGCGCAAGGUCUACGCAAACGUGUUUUGAAGUCGAAAGACCUGGAAGCGGAAAUGACUGACAUCUUGCAACGUUCGUUGAUGACACCAGAUCGAACGUACAACAUGGAAGUAGGAUCUACUCUAUCUGAUGUUCGCAUACCCGUUCACGAGUUCAUCUUGACUGGACGCAGCCGUGUCUUGCGGGAUGCUCUGCUCGACUUUCGGGUCCAGGGCUCCGACUAUGCGAUACCUGACCUGCUGACUGUCAAGGCAGAGGGAGGAAGGGUUCUCAUACUCUUCCAAGGACUUGAUUUCCUUACUAUUUUUAAUCUUGUUCUUUACGCGUAUACCGACUCUGUUGUGGACUUCUGGAACGUCACGCGGCACUACCCCACAUUGGCACAUAGGUACCGUUCGGUACGGACAGAACUAAUGAAGAUUGCUUCUCGUCUCGAUAUGCGACAGCUCGAGCCUGCCGUACGUCAAAUGGUCAAACCGCGGAGAUCCUUGCAUAUGGAUAUGGAACUCGCCAUCAAGGAUCGGUCUUUCUUCGAGAGCGGCGACGUCAUCGUCGACCUUGCUGAUGGUCAGAUGCUGCUGCAUUCGGAUGUUAUCUGCCAGCGUUGUCCCUUCUUCGAAGGUUUGUUCCGAGGACGCGCUGGUGGUCAGUGGCUCGCAGGAAGACGGACCGAGGACUCUUCGCUUGUUCACAUUGAUCUGACGCACGUUGACACUCGCCUCUUCGAGCUCAUCGUUCGUCAUCUCUACACUGAUGCUGGUGAGGAGAUUUUUGAGGAUGUCACAAGCGAAGACUUGAAUGACUUGUUAGCACUUGACGAGUUGCUAGACCAUGUCAUGGAUGUCAUGUCUGUUGCCAAUGAGUUGAUGCUGGACCGCCUGUCACAGAUCUGUCAAAGACUGAUAGGUCGUUAUGUCAACGCACGAAAUGUCUGUUCUCUUCUCACAGCAGUCGCACCAAGUUCGGUUGCUGAAUUCAAAGACGCGGCGCUCGAGUACGUGUGUCUGAGCUUAGAGGCAGUCAUGCAGAACGGCUCACUAGACGAACUUGAUGAGGACUUGCUGUUGGAACUCAAUCAGGUCGCUCAUGAUAACCAACUCGCUUACUUACCUUUUGCGAGAAGUGGACGAGCUGAAGCUCUUCUCUUCGAUCGCUACCCGGAGCUUGCUGAAAGGAUAGAACGUGGCAAGCGCGCCAAGGUCGAUGCGAUAGUACUAUCAAACAAGUACGCGGACAGCGACAAUCUCUCAUCUUCUUUCAGAGCCCAGAGCCUGGAAGAAGUGGCGGCCUCCCCACUACGUCAGCGCAACCGAAGAAGAGUAUCCAAGGAGGCGAAGAGUCCAGUAAUGUCGCCAGCGCUGAAAGAUAAAGCUUCGGCUCAAGACCUCAUGUUCGAGAUGUCAGAUGGCGAAGAUGACGAGGGAAUACCAAAGAAGAUCAAGCCUCCGCGGUUCACAGAGAACAGCGGAGAUGAGAGAGCGCUAGAAACACCAGUUGGAUCUCCUGAGACGCCCUGGGGCACGAUUCCAAGACCAUCACCGCAUACAAUUGACAAAGGGGGUGAUAUACCACUCAAGUCUGUCAGUCCUCUUCCUCCGCCAGCUAUCAAGGAGGCAAGACCGCCUGGUCAGCCUUGGGUCCCCACAUCGCUUGCAGGUCCUAAGCUUGAACUCAAGGAUAUUAUGGCUCAAGAGUCUUCAGCUACACCAUCAAACUUGUCGAUCGGCCUCUCUCGAGGCGAGAGCGAACGGAUCGCGAAGGCUAUACCUGUAAAGAUGUCGCAAAAAGAACGUAACCGUCUACGACAAGCCCAGAAACUUGGUACACCCAUCGAAAAGCCACAGCCAGUGCCACCAGCUGUAUCUCCUUGGACAGCAGCUGCGCAUCGAAAGCCAAGCAACAGUCCUGUGGUGGCCCCAGCAGUGGCACCAUCGCCGCCACCGAAGCCAUCGCCUGAGCCUUCUCGAGCAUCAAGCACGCCUCAGCUUACCAUGCGGCAAACUGUAGCGAAGAAGGGUGCUGCAUCGAAGCACAAGGACAAACGAACCGCCUCACAAAGUCAAGAACUAACAGGAGCUGCGUCGCCUUCCCAAGCUCGUCCCGCUGCUUCAGAAAGAGGCAUGUCAGUCUCGACCGAUCCCAUUCCGACGCCUCGAUCUGUCCGCCAUAUUCCUUUGCCACAACACUCGCUGACGUCUCCAAGUCAGCAUCUUAGCAUGAUGGAGAUCCUGUCGUUGCAAGAAGCCGAGAAGACUUCAAUACGUGAUGCAGCAGCUAAACGUAGUCUACAGGAGAUCCAACAAGAGCAAGAAUUUCAGCAGUGGUGGGAGCAGGAGAGUAGACGUGUUAUUGAGGAAGAAGAGCAGACCAAGAGACUAGUAGACAAGCUUUCCAAGCCUGCUGGUCGCGGUCGAGGCAAAGGUCGUGGUGGAAGAGGUAGCAAGGCUAAAGGUCAAGACAACAAAGACGGCGGAGACGAGGCUGACCGUGGUAAAAGCAAGCAUGACGUCAGCGCUGGGCCAGUCACCAAGCCGAACCCACCACCAAAAGCGGGUCCAAAACAGGAUGCCGAUGGUCGCACGCCUGGACGCGAUAGUGCAGCCAGAGGCGGCCGUGGCAGAAUCGGCCGCGGCGGUCGAGGUGGCGCAAGAGGCGGGCGUCCACAAGGACCACCGAGAGAUGGUACCGCUGUAUCUGCACAGCAGGGACACGCUCCAACUCCCCCGACAUGA